AUGGCACGCCGCGCAACGGGCGACCUGGACACGAUGAAGCGCGUGAGGAUGGCUGGCGGCACGAGCAGCGACCUCGACCACUCGUCCUCGCCGAACAGCAGUAGCGGCGGCUUUGGCGGGUCGUCGCCGUCGCUGCCCCAGUCGGCCAGCAUGAACGACCUCGACCGCACAUCUGCAUCCACAUCCACAGUCACAGUCGACACGGCCAAGAUUGAAGAGCUCAAGCGCGAACUCGAGGUCGAGGAGAAGGUCAAGGUCGGCGCCGAAAAGCUCCUCCGCGCAUACGAAGCAGACUCAAAGACGAGCAAGAAGAAGCGCGGCGAGGCGCAGCUGAGGUACCGCGAGGCGUCCAACAGGGUGGACUACCUGCAGAUGGAAAUCUUGCGAUACCAGUCGCCGAAAUCCAGCAGGCUCGGGCAGGAAAAGAUGCCGCUCGAAGACAAGAUUGCCGACCUCGAACGCCGCAUUGGCAUUGAGCAGCUCUUGCUCACAGGUGUCAGUAAGAUGAUGGAGGUGUACGACACGAGCGCGCCUGCCGCUUCUACCCCUGCUGGCACCGCCGCUGCCAACAACAACAACAACAGCAGCAGCAAUAAUGGAAGCACAGUCUGGUAUGCAGGCAGCGCAACCGCAACUGGCAGUAACAGUGCAUCCGCCUCCGCCACCCCUUCCCCUUCAACACCCUCUGGCGGCAGCGGCAGCAGCAGUAGCAGUAGCAGUGGUGGUGCCGGCGCGAGCUCCAGCACUUGGUCGAACUCGGGAACCUCGUCAGUCGUCAUGUCGCGCCAGGAAGUGCAAGCCAAAUUGAACGAGUCCACCCAAAAGAUUGAGCUCUUCCGCACCGCACUCGCGCGCUACAAGACCCUGUAUAGCGCCUCCAAUGCGGGCUCAAACCCCAACCUCAACAUGUCGAUUGGUCCGAGCAGCGGCGCCGCACUGGCAGCCAUGCUCGCCUCGUCGUCAGCGCCCAUCUUGCCACCACAAGCCACCCAUGCGCACAUUCGUUCCGUCUCGGAGGACGACGCUGGCGGCCUGUCGACGUCCCUGGCGCACCCGCCAGCGGCAUCAUCCUCCCUGGUUGCGCUGGCUUCCCCUGGCUCCCCAGUUGCCUCGCCCGCCCCAAACCGACGAAGAAUUGGCUCGGAUGCCCAGCUGCUCUCGACCUCGGCAACCCAUGCAGCAGGCGUGGGCGCUGCCGUCGCUGCCGCAUCGCGCCAUGCACUCAAAGCCCUCACUGGCCGAUUGCAAAUUCGCGUCAUUUCCGCGGCAGACCUCAUCGAGGCCGAGCGCGCCACCAAGUCAGACCAGCACAUUGUCAUCCGCAUCGACAAUGAAAUCAAGGCUCGAACCAAGGCCAAGAAGGGCUCGCGCCCCGUCUGGAAUGAGGACUUUGGCAUUCGCAUCACCAAGGCCAAGGAGCUCGAGGUGAACUGCUACGUCGGUGGCGACACUGGCACGCUCUGCGGGUUUUUGGUCAUCAAGCUCGAGACAAUACUGGACAACGAGGUGCACGACGCCUGGUUGGACUUUGAGCCGCGAGGCAAGCUACACAUCCAAGUCGUCUUCCGCGCCCCGUCGCUGCACGAGAAGGAGGUCAAGGCCCAGAUCCAGCGUCGCAAAGCCGUCACGGUUCGCAAGAGCUAUGACGGCAACGGCCACAAGUUUGUCUCGACUGUCUUUUACUCGAUCAGCAAAGAAGGAAAUGACACGAAUGAACAGCCGAAUUGGACACACAUCCCGCACAUGUUCAAGGUGUUUUUCGCCUUCAAACCCGGCUUUUGCUGCCAUUGCGGCUCGCUCGUUGUCGGCAUUCGUCGGCAAGGACUCAAGUGCGAGGACUGCGGUUUGGUGUGCCACAAGCGCUGCGAAAAGUACGUGCCAGACUUUUGCGGCAUGUCGAUGGAGUUGGCUCUGUCACUCGCCGAGUUUGAGCGCACCCUCGCUGCCCAGGCCAACGUGUCGCAUCUGGCCGAGGUCAACCAGCAGCAUGCGCGCGAAAUGGCCGAGAUGGAAGCCGAGCGCUCGCGCAAGGCCACGCAGCAAGCCGCGGCCCAACAAGCCGCCACCCAAGCUGCCCAGGCCGCAGAAGCAGCGGCCGAGGCACAUGCCGCCACGGUCGCUGCGGCCAAGGCUGCAGCACAAGCGGCCGCCGACGCCGAGCAAGCUGCCAAGCGUCUGCUCCAAGAACAAGAGGAGCGCGCGCAACAACAACGCGCGAUUGCAGCCCAGCAAGCCCUGUUGGACCAGCAGCCCCCACUCAUCGCCACAGUACACUCGGCCAAGAUGGUCCACGUCGACACUCACAGCUCGUCGGCUGCGGCGGCGCUGGUUGCCUCCCUCGCUCCCUCCACGCAAGAGUCCAACCGGCCUCGCUCGGUCGUCACGUUCGAGGAAACAAAGUCCAACAGCUUCAACAAGGCUCUUUCGCCCGCUACCGCUGCUGGCGACCUCCCGCCAAACGUGACUCCCAAGCCAGCCACCAAGCGCUCGUCCUUCACCCCCGUAGAUUUCCAUCAGCAGUCCGCACAGGCCAAGGCCGCGUCGGCAGCGACUCAUCUUAGUGUUGAUGACUUUGAAAUGUUGUCUGUUCUUGGCAAGGGACAUUUUGGCAAGGUCAUGCUCGCUGAAAACCGCAAAACAAAGGACGUUGUGGCCAUCAAGGCACUGAAAAAGUGUGACGUGCUUGCCCGCGAUGAGGUGGAGAGCAUUGCGACAGAAAAGAACAUUUUCAUGCUUGUUUCCCGCGCCAAGCAUCCAUUCCUGGUGAAUCUCUAUGGCUGCUUCCAAACACCAGAGUACUUGUGCUUUGUGAUGGAGUUUGCCACCGGCGGUGACCUCAUGAUGCACAUUCACGAGGAGAUUUUCGACGAGGAGCGCGCGCGAUACUAUGCCUCUGAGGUGAUUCUGGGUCUUGAGUAUUUGCACGACCACGGUGUCAUUUACCGUGAUCUCAAGCUCGACAACUUGCUACUCGACAAGGACGGUCAUGUCAAGAUUGCUGAUUUUGGUCUGUGCAAGGAGAACAUGUUCCACGGCACACGAACGAGCACCUUCUGCGGCACUCCCGAAUUUAUCGCUCCCGAGGUUUUGCAAGAUAACGACUACACUCGAGCAGUCGACUGGUGGGCUCUUGGCGUCCUGAUGUUUGAAAUGAUGGUUGGCGAGUCGCCCUUCCCUGGCGAUGACGAAGAGGAAAUCUUUGAUGCCAUUCUCAACGACGAGGUCACCUAUCCGUACUGGCUCUCGAUUGAUGCGACGUCGGUGAUUCGCCGUCUGUUGGUCAAGGACCCCGAAAAACGCCUUGGAGGCUCGCGUAACGAUGCCAAGGAUGUGAAAUUGCACACAUUCUUCAAGGAUGUCAAGUGGGACAAGCUGCUCGCCAAGGAGAUUCCCCCGCCUUUCCGUCCUCGUAUUAAAUCCCCCAAGGACACGAGCAACUUUGACAAGGAGUUUACUUCAGAAAUCCCCCGGUUGUCCCCAAUCGAGGGCCGCACGCUUGAUCAGUGGGAUCAGGCCGAGUUUACCAACUUUUCCUACACUGCUCCUUCCGUGGUUGAUCCCAGGCAUCCUUCGUCGACGAUCGUCUAA